UGGGUCUGCAUCUUUCCUUUGAGAGACGAGACUGAUUCUUCUUGCCAGAUUCUUCAGGAGCAGCACAGCUUUCUCCAUGUUACAGCUCUCUUCCUACAGGUCACAGCUUCUCUUCUCUGCCAGGUUCAUCUACUGCUGCAGCCUUCUGGGUUGAUGCUUUACUUCUUGACCUGCCUCCUGAGUUGUUGCUUCUCUGUGCCAGGUUUCUGCCUAUUGACCACUAGGAGUGAGCAAAAUUCUCCACUAGCCCAGUUUCCAGGCUGGACCCAUGAUGGGAAGGGAUUAUUCUACAACUCAUACCCCCAACAUGAUGGAAAAAGUGAUGGUACAGAGACAUCCACUGAUCUCCACCAAAAGCUCUGCUAUUAUGUCUUGGGGACUGAUCAGUGAGAAGACAUUUUGUGUGCUGAGUUUCCUGAUGAGCCUAAAUGGAUGGGUGGUGCUGAGUUAUCUGAUGAUGGUUGCUAUGUCCUUUUAUCAAUAAGGGAAGGAUGUGAUCCAGUUAACCGACUCUGGUACUGUGAUCUACAGCAGGAACCGAAUGGCAUCACUGGAAUCUUGAAGUGGGUAAAGCUGAUUGACAACUUUGAUGGAGAAUAUGACUAUGUCACCAAUGAAGGGACAGUGUUCACGUUCAAGACCAAUCGCCAUUCUCCCAACUAUCGCCUGAUCAAUAUUGACUUCAUGGAUCCUGAUGAGUCUAAGUGGAAAGUGCUUGUUCCUGAGCAUGAGAAAGAUGUCUUAGAAUGGGUGGCUUGUAUCAGGUCCAACUUCUUGAUCUUAUGCUACCUCCAUGAUGUGAAGAACAUCCUGAAGCUCCAUAACCUGACCACCGGUGCUCUCCUCAAGCCCUUCCCACUUGAGGUUGGCAGUGUUGUGGGCUACAGUGGCCAGAAGAAGGACACUGAGAUCUUCUACCAGUUUACUUCCUUCUUAUCUCCAGGUAUCAUUUAUCACUGUGAUCUUACCAAAGAGAAGCUGGAGCCCAGAGUUUUCCGAGAAGUGACUGUAAAAGGAAUCAAUGCUUCUGAAUACCAGACAAUCCAGAUUUUCUACCCUAGCAAGGAUGGUACAAAGAUUCCCAUGUUCAUUGUGCAUAAAAAGGGCAUAAAAUUGGAUGGCUCUCAUCCUGCUUUUUUAUAUGGCUAUGGUGGCUUCAACAUUUCUAUCACACCCACCUACAGUGUGUCCAGGCUUAUUUUUGUGAGGCACAUGGGUGGCAUCCUUGCAGUGGCCAACAUCAGAGGAGGUGGCGAAUAUGGAGAGAUGUGGCAUAAAAGUGGUACCUUGGCCAACAAACAGAACUGCUUUGAUGACUUUCAGUGUGCUGCUGAGUAUCUGAUCAAGGAAGGUUACACGUCUCCAAAGAGGCUGAGUAUUAAUGGAGGUUCAAAUGGAGGCCUCUUAGUGGCUGCUUGUGCAAAUCAGCGUCCUGACCUCUUUGGUUGUAUUGCCCAAGUUGGAGUGAUGGACAUGCUUAAGUUCCAUAAAUACACCAUUGGGCAUGCCUGGACCACUGAUUAUGGAUGCUCAGAAAACAAGCAGCACUUUGAAUGGCUUGUCAAGUAUUCUCCAUUGCAUAAUGUGAAGUUACCGGAGGCAGAUGAUGUCCAGUACCCAUCCAUGCUGCUGCUUACCGCUGACCAUGAUGACCGUGUGGUCCCACUCCACUCUCUGAAAUUCAUUGCCACCCUGCAGUAUAUUGUGGGUCGCAGCCAGAAGCAAAGCAACCCCCUCCUCAUCCAUGUGGACACCAAAGCAGGCCAUGGGGCAGGGAAACCCACAACCAAAGUGAUAGAAGUUUCAGAUAUGUUUGCAUUCAUAGCACGGUGCCUGAACAUUGACUGGAUUCAGUAA